GGCGGUGCUGCCAAUCUGCUGCAAUGAACAGCUGACCGAGCGUCGCCUGUUGUUAUUUGCAAUUGUUGUAAUUUCCUCACCGGUUGAAAUCAAAUCAAAUCAAAUCGAAACGUGAAAAUGGCCAGCAAAAAGUUUAGCGACAUUAAUCUGUACGAGCUGCUGGGAAUAUCCAUCGAGGCCGAGCAAAAUGAAAUACGCAAGGCGUAUCGUAAGCGCGCACUUGACUGCCAUCCGGACAAGAAUCCCGACAAUCCGCAGGCCGCCGAACGUUUUCAUGAGCUGUCCAAGGCCUUGGGCAUACUCACAGAUGAAACCGCACGCGCUGCCUACGACAAGGUGUUGAGGGCGAAGAAGGCCGCCGAGCUGCGUAGCAAACAGUUGGACAGUAAACGCCAGAAACUGAAGCAAGAGUUGGAGGAGCGCGAAAAGGCGGCACUGCACAAGCUGCAUGCCAGCCAACCAUACAGCACCGUGCGUAAGAGCGAUGAGGAUGUGCUGCAGGAGCAAAUUGAACGUCUGCGCCGUGAGGGCUCCAAGAUGCUGGAGGAGGAACAGCAGGCCAUGAGGGAGCAGAUGAAGCGCAGCUAUGCGGAGAAGCGCAAACCGCAGCAGGCCACAUUCGACUCAUCCCAGCAUCGCAUCAAGAUCAAGUGGAAGACCGAAAAGGGUGACUAUUCGCAGGAGAAGUUGCUCAAGUUCCUGAAGAAAUACGGCGAGGUGGUGGCUCUGGUGAUGAACAUCAAACGUGGCGGUCGCGCCAUGGUGGAGCUGUCGACGCGCGAAGCCUGCGACAUGAUUCUGGCCUACGAGAAGGGCGAUCCAUCCAAUCCUCUACACUUUCAGUGGGUAACACCGCCGGCGGAGGAGAAGCCGCCAAAUGUUAGCAGCAAUAAUUCGCCGCUGGACUUUGAGGAUUUGGCUAAGCGCCAACUACGACAGGUCACAGAGCGCCAGCGUUUGAUAGAGCAAAUGAUGAAGGAUGACCAGACCAACGAAUAACAUCCACUUUAUCACAAUUAUAGCAGUCAAGUUAAUUAUAAAAUUGUUUUAAAUUACAUUUAAAUCACAUUAA